AAGUGAUGGAGGGGAGCACCGUCUGAUCUGACCCACCUUCUGCAGCCCCUCUUCAACAGCACUCCUCCUCCUCCUCCUCCUCCUCCUCCUCCAGGCAAGGAUGGUACCUCCACCCCCCACCAACAAGCCCCACGUGUGCCUCUCCACCAUCCUCAUCAUGAGCAGCAUGGCGCUGAUCGAUGCCUACCUGGUGGAGCAGAACCACGGCCCUCGCAAGAUCGGCAUCUGCAUCAUGGUCAUGGUGGGGGACAUCUGCUUCCUCAUCGUCCUGCGCUACGUGGCCGUGUGGGUGGGCGCCGAGGUGCGCACGGCCAAGCGAGGCUACGCCAUGAUCCUGUGGUUCCUGUACAUCUUCGUGCUGGAGAUCAAAGUCUACUUCGUGUAUCAGAACUACAAGGCGGACAGGAAGAGUCUGGACGCGCUCGCCAGGAAGGCGUUGACGUUGCUGCUGUCCAUCUGCAUCCCCGUGCUGUUCGUGGUGCUCGUAGCGAUCGACCACAUGGAGUACGUCCGAGCUUUUAAGAAGCGCGAGGAGAUACGGAACCGCCUCUUCUGGGUGGUGGUGGACCUGCUGGACAUUCUGGACAUCCAGGCCAACCUGUGGGAGCCUCAGAAGAAGGGUCUCCCUCUGUGGGCCGAGGGCCUGAUGUUCUUCUACUGCUACAUCCUCCUGUUGGUGCUCCCCUGCGUGUCGCUGAGCGAGAUCAGCAUGCAGGGCAUCAACAUCGUGCCCCACAAGAUGCUCCUGUACCCUAUCCUCAGCCUGGUCACCAUCAACAUCAUCACCCUCUUCAUCCGCGGGGGGAACAUGAUCCUGUACCGGGACAACCGGGUGUCUGGGAUCCUGAUAGGGAAGAACGUGCUGGCGAUAAUCUUAAAGACCUGCAGCUUCGUGCAGUACAGGAGACAGUUACAGAACGCGUCUCCUGCCUUCGGCGUGGAGCUGCAGAAGAACUCCGUGGCCCACGCUCGCCCCGCCCCCACCCCUCCUCAGGUGGUCAUGCAGGACCAGACCCCGCUUCCGGAGAUGACCACGUGUGAGCACACAUGA